AUGGACUUAGCUGCAGGAGGCACACCGCCAAAGGUUGCUUUCGUUACAGUCGGCGCGACUGCGACUUUUAAAGAGCUCAUCGAAGAAGUGUUCGCAUUACACACUUUACAGGCACUAGCUCAGGAAGGAUACACGAAACUAAGGGUACAAGCUGGGCCCGAUGCCGAAUACUGGAAAAACAACAUACCAGUGGAGAAGGGAUCUGGACUCGAGAUCGAAGUGUUCGAUUUUGACCGUAAUGGUUUAGGGCACGAAAUGCGACAAUGUAAGAGGGGGGGAUUUUAUGGCACAGGGGAGAGUUCAGAAGGUGUAGUGAUUUCACAUGCAGGUUCGGGAACAAUCCUGGAUGCACUCCGAAUUGAUGUACCCCUCAUCGUAGUGCCCAAUACUUCACUUCUCGACAAUCAUCAAGUAGAGUUGGCAGAUGAGCUAGAAAGACAAGGCUACGUCACCAAGGCAUCGGGACCCAGGGGCUUAGAAGAUGCCAUUCGCAAAGUAGAGAGAAGGAAGAAUGGCAAGCCAGACGGAUCGAAAGAUUUGCAGGGACGUAAGAAUUGGAGGGGACGUGAAAACCCUAGUAUUGCACCAGUACUCGACGAAGCUGCCAAUUAUGAAGAGGAGGUUAGAAGUGUAUUGGACUAG